UUAUACUAAACCUAAUGCACGAAUUCAAAAAACUUCACCAUCCAUCUCCAGCUUCUCCGCAGCUCGCGAUUGCAUUGCUUUCUCGUAAUCAAACCCUAGAAACUCAGAAACCACCCCCCCAAUGGCGUCGCUAUCCCACCCGUUCCACACCAGCACCACCUUCUAUCUUCCCCUCCAUACCAAGACUAAAACCCACUCUCGCUCUCUCACCAUCAAGGCCUCCAAGUCCACCAACCCACCCCUCCCCGGCCGCAAGCUCCGCGCCGCGGUCAUAGGCGGCGGCCCUGCUGGAUCCUCCACGGCAGAGGCCCUGGCGGCCGGCGGCGUGGAGACCUUCCUCUUCGAGCGCAGCCCACCCUCGACCGCCAAGCCCUGCGGCGGCGCCAUCCCGCUCUGCAUGCUCAGCGAGUUCGACAUUCCCUCCCACCUCAUCGACCGCCACGUCACCCAAAUGAGGAUCUUCUCCCCCUCCAAUCUCUCAGUGGACUUCGGCAAGACCCUCAGGCCCAACGAGUUCAUCGCCAUGCUGCGCCGCGAAGUACUGGAUUCCUUCCUCCGCUCCCGCGCCGAGUCCCGCGGCGCCAACCUCGUCUCGGCCCUCGUCACGAACCUCGAGGUCCCCACCUCUCCCGCCGCGCCGUACGUCGUGCACUACACGGCUGACAACUCGCGCCGCUCUCUGGCCGUGGACGUUGUGAUCGGCGCAGACGGCGCCAAUAGCCGAGUCGCCAAGUCCAUCGACGCCGGGAGCUACGCCUGCGCCAUCGCGUUUCAGGAGAGGAUCAAACUGCCGGACGAGAAAAUGGAGUACUACGAGAAUCUGGCCGAGAUGUACGUGGGGAGCGAUGUCUCGCCCGAUUUCUACGCGUGGGUAUUUCCCAAAUGUGACCACGUGGCAGUGGGCACGGGUACGGUGUGCGCGAAGCAGGACAUAAAGUUGUUCCAGAGGGGAAUCAGAGACCGGGUGAAGCCUAAAAUCAACGGUGGGAAGGUGAUCAAAGUGGAGGCCCACCCGAUACCGGAGCAUCCGCGUCCGGUGAGGGUCCGGGGGCGCGUGGCGCUUGUGGGCGAUGCGGCGGGGUACGUGACCAAAUGCGCGGGCGAAGGGAUUUAUUUUGCAGCGAAAUCAGGGAGGAUGUGCGGCGAAGCAAUAGUGAAGGCAUCCGAGGGCGGGGAGAGAAUGAUCAACGAGGAUGAUUUGAAGAGGGAGUAUCUGAGAGCGUGGGACGCGAAGUACAUUAGCACGUUUAGGGUUAUGGACCUGCUGCAAAGGGUUUUCUACGAUAGCAACGCGACUAGGGAGGCUCUGGUGGAGCUGUGUGGGGAUGAGUACGUGCAGCGCAUGACGUUUGAGAGCUAUUUGUAUAAGAGGUUAGCGGAUGGGGAUAGGUGGAAGGAUGCGAAGAUGGUAUGGAAUACCGUUGGGAGUCUGAUUAGGUGUAGGAUUGUAGGAAGGUAGUUUGAAGUGUGUAGUAGAAAUGUUAUUCACUGGACUGAUAUAAAUAUAUUAUAUAAUAAUUAUAUUGACGUGACAGUAAAGAUCAAUUAUCGAUUU